UUGCGCUUCUCCAAAUUUCUAGAACCCACGUCACGCUCUCUUCCCAGAGUGGUGAUACGGACAUUCUGUAUUAAAGGCACCGGGUGGCGCCCAAAACUAACAUUCCGGGAGGGCAGGGUUUUUUCUGUUAUGGAAGAGUCCAGUCAUGAGACUUGUCGCCCAGUCUGAACAAUCAUGAAUUCUGAUCGUCACCCACUUCAAUCUCGCUUCUUCUUUUCUGGUUUUUAUUGCUGGGGCUGGGAGUUCUUGACCGCUCUCCUCCUUUUUAGUUGCUCGUCCCAAGCAGGCUUUCCCGAAGGGAGGAAGGGAUACUAGCAGAUCACAGAUAUACGGGAUUUUUCUCCUUUUCUUUUGUUUUUGUUUUUGAUUUGGUUGGCUAGUCUGGUUUGUUUUAUUUCAUCAUCAAGUUAAUUAAGAGUAGAUAACCGAAGUGGGUGGAGUGAAGGGAGAGGAGAUAGAUCGGGAGAAAUGGCUUCGCAAAGAUCGGUGCCGGCGCCGUUUCUGACGAAGACGUACCAGUUGGUGGAUGAUCCGGCCACCGACGACGUCAUAUCGUGGGGUGAAAGUGGGAACACGUUCGUGGUGUGGAAGCAUGCGGAUUUUGCCAAGGAUUUGCUUCCCAAGUAUUUCAAGCACAACAACUUCUCUAGCUUCGUACGCCAGCUCAACACCUAUGGAUUCCGUAAGAUUGUUCCUGACAAAUGGGAAUUCGCCAACGAAUAUUUUAAACGAGGACAGAAAGAGCUGUUGGCGGAGAUCAAACGUCGGAAACCCGUGGUGCAAUCCGCGGCGCAGGCGCCUGCGGCGUCGAACUCCGGCGGGGAUGACAUGGGAUCGACCUCGACUUCUUCUCCAGAUUCGAAGAAUCUAGGAACGGUGGAGACGACGAGUUCUCAAAUGGCGAAUUUAUCGGGGGAGAACGAGAAAUUGAGAAAGGAUAACGAGGUGCUGAGCUGGGAACUGGCGCAGGCGAAGAAGCGGUGCGAGGAGCUGAUUAGUUUUCUGAAGGAGCACGUGAAGAUGGGUCAGGAUCAGAUCCAUCGGAUCAUGCGGCAAGGAAGCUGUGGGUCCAGCCGCAAACAUGAAGGUGAAGAUGACGACGAAAACGCGGUAGGUGAAAGGGAGGGAUCUGGUGGGGAAAGCUUGAAGCUGUUUGGGGUUAGGUUGAGCACAAGCCAUGGCAGCGUCGCCAACACCAAGAGAGGGCGCGAAGACCAAAUAGGGUGUGGUGGCCCUCACUCUAAUAAGCAGCUGAAAGCUGUUGACUUUGUUUCGCCCGUGAUGAUGAAGAGCAGCAAGGUCUGCAACUGAGUCACCUCUGCUCUCCUCAUCAAAUCAAUACUCUUUCUGCAGAUAAGAUGACAGAAUUAAUCACCUAUAGUUCAGUGGCGGGUGUCACCAUGAAGGACAGUGUCACGUGCUCACCCUCAUCCACUGGUGCCAUUUUUUCCUUCCUAGUUUAAUUUCGUGAUGCUCUAAAUUUCAAUGUACUGCGAUUAAUAUCCCCUCCCUAGAUAUGCAAAGGCAUAAAUAGAAUAAUAUAGCAAGGAUUUAGGAGGAAUCUUUGCUCGCCAUACACGCAUGGUUGUUAGUUUGGUAGUGCGGUAGAAGGGGAGGUCAGAAAGGAUCUCUCAUUUCAUGGCAGUACCCCUCUGUUCAAGAUCUGGGUGUAAAUAAUAAUGUAGUGUGAAUUUAAUA